AUGGGAAAUGUACGUGUUUGUUGCCGCGUACGUCCACAGAAUGCCAAAGAGCUUACGAUGGCUACAGCUCAGCGCUGUGUCUUGACAGACGAGACAACUAUUGAAGUCAAGACGAAUGAUGGAAAUCCACAGAAAUUUACAUUUGAUCAUGUAUUUGGGGAACAUGAUAAUCAAAAGACAGUUUUUGAGAGUGUAGCACUCCCCGUUGUUCAAGAUAUUAUGGAUGGAUACAAUGCUACUAUUUUUGCCUACGGUCAGACAUCGUCAGGGAAAACGUAUACUAUGGAAGGAGCUAACAUUGAUCAUCCGGAACUACAGGGUAUUAUCCCACGUACGGCAACAGAGAUCUUUAAUAAUGUCAUGAACGCUGACGAGAACAUGGAAUUUAUCGUGAAAGUGAGCUACAUUGAGAUCUACAUGGAGCGUGUCCGCGACUUACUGGAUCCGUACAAGUCCAAGGUGAACCUUCAAGUUCGUGAGGACACACAGCGUGGCAUUUUCGUCGAAGGAAUGACAGAGAUGUGUGUGACGAGUGAUGAGGAGCUGCUGGCAGCUAUGCGAGCGGGUGCUGCGAACCGUGCUGUGGCUGCAACGGGAAUGAAUGAAGGAAGUUCUCGCAGUCAUAGUGUCUUUAUGGUGACGCUGUUUCAGCGCAACUUGAAAAAUCAGGCCACAAAGGCCGGCAAAUUGUAUCUGGUGGAUCUUGCCGGUUCUGAAAUGGUGCGCAAGACUGGUGCAACUGGUCGUCAGCUUGAAGAGGCCAAGACGAUUAACAAAUCGCUGUCAGCAUUGGGCAUGGUCAUUAAUGCUCUUACAGACUCACAUAUAACCCACGUGCCAUAUCGUGACAGUAAGCUUACCCGAGUGCUGCAGGAAUCAAUUGGUGGCAACUCACGCACAGCUUUAAUCAUCAACGUUUCGCCAAGCAGCUACAAUGCGUUGGAAACAGUUUCUACGCUGCGAUUUGGCAUGCGUGCUAAAUCGAUAAAGAAUAAGGCAGUGGUCAACGAACAGCGCAGUGUUGCUGAGUACGAGUCACUGCUCGCUGCGGCUGAGAAGCAAAUUGCAAAGCAGAAGAUGGACAUUAUCGCGCUUGAAGCUCGCCUUGCAGGGAAGGAAGCUCCUGAUGGAGACGAAGAUGUGGCAUCUGCUGUUAGUAUCACAACCUCGAGUGAUGAUGCAGAGAUUAAACCUAACAGCUGUAACAAUGCGCUCGACGGAAAGCUGGACUUGCAGCCAGAUACUGCGACUAUAGAAGCACUGCCAUUGCCCACAGCUCGAGCUGGGCGUGCGCUGGCAGAGUUACAGGAGAAGGUAGCUCAGCUCGAAGAGGAGCUAGCGGAGGAGAAACAGGAAUCGAUGCGACGCGGUGAGGAGAUCCAAUUGCUCACGGCGAAGCUUGAGGAGCAUAUUCAAGCGCUUGGAACGCAACGCGUGCUGUCGGAGGAAUUGCAGCAAGUAAAGGAACUGCAGCAAACAAUGUUAGAAGAAAAAAUUCGCCAACGCGAGACUUUGUACUCGGAACUGUGCACAGACUUUGAUAGGCUCAACUUCGAUCACAAGGAACUUCAAAUUCACUCGGAAACGAUACAGAGCGAGUACAACGCGUUAUUCCAAGACAUGCCAGCUCAAAAAUUAGCAGCUGGAGGUGGCAAGUUGGCAGCGGCUGCGGGGAAAUUUGCUCAAGCAAACCAGCAGGUUGCAGAGAAGAAGUCUCAAGAUAGUUCAGGUGAGGGUGCUGCAGAGGACCCAGAGCAGAAAUUGGAAGGUGAAGCACUGACGGAAAACCCAGACGGUACGGAGCCGCAGCCGUACUUGGAUCUGAAGGCGAAGUACAUGGCACUUGAAGCCAAACUGAGAGAGUACGAAAAAGAGUACCUUGCGCUCAGACACACGACCAGUUACGACAAGGCUCGUCUGCAACAGGAGAUAGACCGUAAGACGAUACGAAUCCGUAACCUCGAAGCGCAAACUGAUCGUGCUGGUGCAUCGACUGGUGAGGGUGGUUCGACACCUUCUUCGCCGACCGGUGGCAUUACCAACUCGAGUGUUACGUCGGUGCGUGAGCGGCAGCACAUGCGCUCGAUCCAACAGAAGCUCGAGCAACUCGUCGCUGUACACCGGCAAUUGUUACGAAAAUACGCGUCACUUGAAUUGGAGCUAUUGGAAGCGAAAAAGAAGCUGGCGUUGCGUGAUGAGCGCAUUAAACAAGUGGAGGUCAACAAUCGCAUCAUGGCUGGAAACAUGCGAUCACAGGCAGAAAAGCACGUGGAGGAACUUACCCAUCUUCGUGACCAGAUAGCAGACUUUCGUGGUGCUCAGCGCUCGCACUUUGAAGCGCAGCUGAACCACACGAAUGCUGCUCUUGUGACUGCUUUGGGAAGUACUGACACUGGUGUGAUCAAGACCCUUCGUGGUGGGUCGAUUUACAAUGGCGAUGGCGUAAUUCGACCAAUUCGUGGUGGUGGUCGACGAAAAUCGCAAAUUGGUGAUGCAGUAGUUAGUAUAAACGGUGCUUCGGGAGUAUCUGCCAACGUUGGUGCUCAGUCUUCAGGUUUCUUGACCCGUUUGUUUGGCAAAACAACAAACUAA